UCAAUUUAUUUAAUUGCAUUUGUGAUUUGUGAGAGUCUUGUGGAAAAUGGCGAUUCACAUUUUCAUGGUUUUAGCCAUUUUUGGCAUUACUGCUAGUUCGCAAUCUGUCUCAUACGAGGGUUACCAUGUUUUUCGAAUGACUCCUCAUUCCGUGGAUCAAGUGGAAUUUUUAAAGUCGUUGGAUCCUACGGUGAACUUUUGGAAAGAUUGCUCAGUUCCAGAACGGGUUUGUGAUGUUCUACUUUCUCCGAAGCAGCAAGGGUCACUCCUGCCAGAAAUUGAAACCCUGGGAAUCACUGUCGACAAAUUUGUUGAUGAUGUGGGAAGCCUGGCCAAAAUUGAAAACCGUGAACAAGUCGGCCGCAUUGCAUGGGAUGAUUACUAUGGCGUAGACGAUAUUCAUGCCUUCUUGAAUGAGCAAGCUUCAAGCCAUUCUUCCAUCGCAAAUGUCAUAAAUAUCGGCCCGUCUUUUGAAGAACGGAACUUGAACGUUAUCAAAAUUGCAAAAAACUCUACUAGAAAACCUGUAAUCUUUGUAGAAGCGAAUGCACAUGCGAGGGAAUGGAUCACAAAUGCAGUAACAACCUACCUCGUAAAUGAGCUCCUUAACAGCGAGGAUACCGAUAUCCAAGAGUGGACAAAUGAUUUCGAUUGGUACGUAUUGCCAGUUUUCAACCCGGAUGGCUUGGAAUACACCCGGUCAACGGACAGGCUGUGGAGAAAGAAUCGCUCAAACUCGACCACUCCCCCAUAUUGUCGAGGAGUCGACUUGAACAGGAAUUUUGACUACAACUGGUGUGGAGUUGGAUCUUCGAUUAAUCCAUGUUCAGACACGUAUUGCGGAUCUGCUCCAAAUUCUGAACCUGAAACUCGGGCUUUAACAACGUUUAUACAGGAAAACCUGAAAGAUGACCUUGUUUUAUAUUUGAGCGUACACAGCUACAGCCAAUUCAUCAUGUUUCCUUUUGGUGACACCGUCGACACCUCGUUUUAUGACUACAACAUGAGAAUAGCGACAGAAGCUGCAAAUGCUGCCCAAGUACGAUACGGGACAGUGUUCUCCCCAGGAAAUUGGCUACAAAUUCUUUAUCCGUCGACGGGAGAUAGCAUGGAUUGGGUAAAGAGUAAAUUGAUGUCGUCGUCGCCAUCGUCAUUGUCGUUUACCUAUGAAUUGCGAGAUACUGGGAGAUAUGGCUUCCUCCUCCCGAAGGAACAGAUCUUGCCUUCAGCCGAAGAAUUUGUGGAUAGUUUGAAACCAAUUAUCGACGCAUUGCGAACUGGCAUUUCUGCUUAAAAAAUUAUGUCCUAAAAUAACUCGUGAUGAAAAUGAUUCUGACAAAUAAUUAAAUUGAUAUUGCAAAUUUCUCAACUAGAAGCAACAUUCGAGGUUAAUUAUAUAAAGAAUGUGUUAAUUAGCUAACCUUUUAACAAGAUUGAACAUAAAUAAAUAUCAUGCCGCUAGCCA